AUUCUUUUAACCCAACUUUCUUGUGUCUCUACACCUAAGUACCUAACUCAAUCAUCGGUUCACUUAAUACUAUUGUUCCCUCUAGGCUCUAGUAGAACCUAAGGCAUUGUUGUUCUUUUGCCAAGGCUUGGAAGGGUUUCCAAAUUGUAAACCUAGUGUUUUUCUCAUUAGUCCACGUCACAGAUAUAAUGUAAAAAUAGAUUUACAUAAUGUAAUAGAAUGAUACGAAGAAGUUUUCUAACUGAUCAGAGAGUACGUCAUAUCAAUAUGAAUCCAUUACCUUUCAUGGUCUUUGAAGACUUCUUUUAUUGUAUCUUCUUUUUAAAAUAGGUUUGGCUAAACCACCUUUGUUCUUUCUUUUUUUUUUUUUUAAUUGAUUUAUAAGAAGUUAGUCAAGUGAACAUAGUCGCGCCCGUGAACGCAUUGAUAUAAUUUGCGUGUGGCACCGAGUUCAAACUAUUUGAGCCACCAAUUGGAAAAUUAAUGUUACAAAGACAUACCACCAAACUAUUGUGAUUCCUACAAUUUGGUUUUGACCCAAAAAGAUGCUCUCACUUCUUUAUUUAGAGUUUAGGCAUUAUUUUCGGUUUUCGUCUCUUUCUCUCUUUGCAUGUAUAAAUUAGUUUCAUUCAACUGAAGUUCCAAAAACUAAAGCAACCAUUUUCUCUUGAGUGAAUCCGAAGAAUGGACUGGUUUUCAUGGCUGUCCAAAACAGGCCUUGACCCUUCACUUUCAUAUGAAUAUGCACUUACAUUUGCUCACAACGAGCUCGAAGAAGACGACAUCAACUACUUCAACCAUGAAUUCCUUCAAAGCAUGGGAAUCUGUGUGGCCAAACACAGGCUUGAGAUUCUCAAACUCGCAAGAAAGGAGAAGCACAGAGGCCUAUUCCCAGUUUUCUGGCUUCAAAUUGCAAUCAAGCAAGCCAAAAACUAUGUGGCUAAGCAUAAUUGCGUCCACAUUGGCCGUGAUCAUCUGAAUAGAACAUCCGCAAUGAUGCCACGGCUGAAUUAUAGUACAAGAUGGAAGACAUCCAUGUUGAAGAGGAAUACUAAGAGAUUGAUCACAGCAACAAAGCAACAAAUUGUUGGGCAAAAACAGAGUAGUACUACUAAAGGGAACCUUGACAGUACUCCUGUUAUUGCAUCAAAGCAAGAAGUUUUGAUGCUUACAAACGGAAGCCCACUUGAUUCCAGUUCCAGCAGUGAUACUGAUUCAUCAAGCCCUGAUUCUCAUGAAGAAAUUCCCAAGAUUAGGAAGGUUAACUUGCCUAUUGAAGAGGAUCUGAGAUGGGAAAUGAUGUUUCAGCAAUUGAAGCCCACUUAGACUAAUCAGUGUUUAAUGUGUUUUUUGUGAUUCAAGUUGUCCUUAUGUAAGUAUAAUUUUCCUUUAAUAAUCUUUUUGGUUAGCUCCCUUGCUCUGCUGUAUAGCCUGUAAUUGAAUAUGUUCAGUUUGAUCUCUAAUUCUUCUCCUGGUGUUUCCAUCCAAUCUUUUGAUUAGUAAAAUUAUUAAGGUGAUAAUCGAGCGGAAUUUUGUGUUUGCUAGUCAGGAAGUGAUUAAUUUUAAAUUAUUUUAUUCACAUCCUUAUUACUGCAUUACUAUAAACCUG